CCGACUACAACAACAACUACCCCAACUACAACAACCACUACCCCAACUACAACAACAACUACCCCAAAUACAACAACCACGACCCCAACCACAACAACCACUACCCCAACGACAACAACCACUACCCGAUCAACAACUACCACUACCCCAACUACAACAACCACUACACCAACUACAACUACCACUACCCCAACUACAACAACCACUACCCCAACUACAACAACCACUACACCAACUACAACUACCACUACCCCAACUACAACAACCACUACCCCAACUACAACAACCACUACUCCUAUAACCAUGGCCAUAACUACAACAACCACUACCACUACCCCAACUACAACAACUACUACACCAACUACAACAACCACUACCCGAUCUACAACUACCACUACCCCAACUACAACAACCACUACACCAACUACAACUACAACUACCCCAACUACAACAACCACUACCCCAACAACAACGACUUCUCCAACUACAACAACCACUACCCCAACUACAACAACCACUACCCCAACUACAACAAUCACUACACAAACUACAACAACCACUACCCCAACAACAACAACCACUACCCCAACAACAACAACGACUUCUCCAACUACAACAACCACUACCCCAACUACAACAACCACUACCCCAACUACAACUAACACUACCCGAACUACAACAACCACUACCCCAACGACAACAACCACUACCCCAACUACAACUACCACUACCCCAACUACAACAACGACCCCAACAACCACAACCCCAGCUACAACAACCACUACCCCAACUACAACAACCACUACACCAACUACAACAACCACUAUCCCAACUACAACUACCACUACCCCAACUACAACAACCACUACCCAAACUACAACAACC